AAUUCAUUUAAUAAAAUAAAUAUUCAUAAUAAAGUUAAAUAAAAUUAAAAAAUAUCGUAUCUUAUAAUAUACAUAUAUUAAACAUUUCAUUCAUUCCAUUUAUAAAAUUAAACUUUUGAGCUUAAAAUAAAAUUUUAUUGCCUUGUAUAAAUUUAUUUCAAGAUUCGUUAAAAAAACAAUAAUAUUAUUAAGAAAAGUAUAUUAGAAAAAUAUGUAAAGAAAAUAAGUAAAAAAAUUAUUGUAGAACAUCAACUACUAACAUUCUAUUUAUUAAUGCUCAACCUUGCCACACAGUUAUAAAUAAUUUAAUACAAUUAAGAAUUGUAAAUACAAAUACAAAUAAAAUGCUCAUUUACAUCCUUUCAUUUAUCCUUCCUAAACAACUUUAAAAUAUUGCGCAGACUACAUAUGUUUAUGUAUAUUAACUACUAUUAUGUAGUAAAUAUUACACCAAAAUUAAAAUUAAAAAAUAAAUGAUAUACUCAAUAAAAUAUACUCAAAUAAUUACAAUUAUAUAUAUAUUUUUACAAUUUUUACAAUUUUAUAAUUAUUUAAUUUCCACAAAUCGAAACUUUUGAAUAUCAGUAGAUAUAGUUAAUUUCCUUAAGAAUCAAAACAUUUUGAUGACGACUACGUCAAGUUAAAGACACCGAUUUGAUUGAUGAUCGAAAAGUACCGAUUCCUGUGACAAAACGGUUGAUUUCAUCCGGAUGACAUUGCGACGACAUCCAACAACGAACGCAUAGGCGGCGAUAAUUCCUCGAUAAUAGCUCGAUAACGUCCCAUGGAAUUUCAUCAGAGCAGUGCAGCGACGGCGGCGUUCGACGACGCUGCGACCAUCAACACGCCAAAAAUCGCUUCGCCUUUCUACCGACACAACAUGACUUCCGAUAAACAAAGUGCCGGCUCUAAUUGCUGUCGAAUAUGUCACGAAGAUGAAAGUUCGGAAGAAUUGAUAGAUCCUUGCAAAUGUUCCGGUACAUUGGGCCUAAUCCAUGCUUCUUGUUUGGAAAAAUGGUUGUCCAUGUCGAACACCGAUCGUUGUGAGAUUUGUAACCUGUCAUUCGAGAUACAGAGGAACUAUAAACCGUUAUUACAGUCUUUCAGACAAUGGUGGAGAACUAGAAACAGAUACGGACCACAAGGUAUAACUGGCGAUAUAGUGUGUCUGAUACUGUUAACUCCACUUUGUAUCGCGGCAACAUACUUCUGCGCAAUUGGCGCAUCCGCUUAUACCAAGCUUGGUUUUUGGGAGGGAACAGGCUUGACUGCCCUUUGUAGCGUACUGGUAGCCACUUAUUGCUUGUGGUUGAUUGUCACUAUCAGGUUUCAUUAUAGGUCGUGGCAACAAUGGCGCACAAGAAAUCAAGACGUUAAGUUAAUAGUAAAGCACAAGCCCGAAACAUGUACCAUCGAAUUCUCAAAUCCUUUGGAAGAUGAAUUUAAGAUUUAAAAGCAUCCAAUAAUUUUGAUAAACAAUUUACAAUUCAUAAAUUUCAUUGAAAUUGUUAAAACUACCGAAAUUACUAUCUGUAUAUUGUCAUAUUCGCGUCUUAAUUUGCCAUUAUAAGAAUCUUAUCUUCCUAUACUUUUAAAGUGAUUUGCUUUCCGAUCAUUUGAAAUAUGUACAUUGAUACGGUAUGGUGGGAGUACAGUCUGCUCAAAUCUGUACAACAAUACAAGUUUAUGUAAUAUCGUGCUAUUAAAUAAUUUAAAGCUCAGAUGUAUUUAACAUUGCGAAUGCGUCAAUAUUGUGAAUCGAUACUGUGUGAUAUUAAUAAGCGUUCAAAUAAUGAAGUACCUGAGCCGAGAGAUAAAUUAGUUUAAUCGAUAACUCUGUUAAUUUUAUGAAUAAUUAGUUAUGCGUUUUUCAAAAUUUAACAAUUAAACGGUAAUGUUCCCUCAAAAUUUUUAAACGUUCAUAUAUGAUUAAUAUUAUUUAAUCAUUGUUUUUAUGUGAUAUUAAUGUACUUACUUAUCAUCUCGUGUCUUCGAAGGAGAAAAUACUGAUCUGUGUUUUCAGUCUUUUUUACCUUGUAUUGAGAUUAUUUAAUUAAUUUAAUGCAAUGCUAUAUACCAUUUUUAAUAAAUUAUUUGUAUACGCCUCCAGUAUUAAAACGAGUGAUAUUUAAAUUAGAACGUACUUAUUAAAGAAGUAUGUGGGCGAAUUUUGUAUAUUUAUAAAUGUAUUUUCAUAAAAAUGAAACGGUGUAUGAACUAAUGCACAAGAUUUUAGUACGUGCACUUUUUGUAACAAGAUAUUCGAUGUAUAUAACGAUACAUUUAAAACGAUAAGAGACUUUUGUACUGCGUUUGAAACAGUAUUUCUUCUUACCAUUUAAUUGUGAUAAGAAUAUCAGUAAACAGUAAAGAUAAAUUUGUCAAAAACAUCGAAAAGGAAUACGGCGUCAGUUGUAAUUAUUUUUUGUAAUUUAUUUACAAUAAUAUCUGAAUAAUAUGAAAUUUGUAAAUAAUAAAAUGUGUUUAACUAUGUCAA